UAAAAUAUUUGAAUAUUUCUUAAACAUAACAACUAAAAAGAUACUUCAAUAUUUUCUUAAAGAUUUCAUUUUAAUAAAAAUGUUUCACUAUCUAUUUUAAACAUACAUUGUAUAUUUCUUUUUAUUAUAUUAAAACAAAUUUGUAUCAAGACAAGAUAUGUUAAAAAUACAAGACGGGUUAAAGAUAAUACAUAAAUUAUAUUAAAAAUAAUUUCAAUACUUUUAAAACAGGGAUAAAAAUCUGGUGAUCUACUUAAAACGUUCAUCUCACAAUGGAUAUCUGCUUAUUUCUUACUUUUUAGGAUUUGGAAACCAAGUUUAAGAUAUAUAUAAAUAUAAAAUGGAUGACAAUAUGGAGGCUGGUUUAUGUUAUGGUCACUUGAAUAUACUAUAUGUUCAUACACUAAAAGAACUAACACUAAUAGCAUUACUCAAAAAAAAAAAAAAAAAGCAAGCUAUAGAGUAUUCAAAUAUCAAAAGCAAAGAAGAUUCCACGGUGUUUUUCCUUUGAUGUACGCGGCUUUAGAGUUCACAUAGUUGGUCUCAUCUUUCUAUUAAAUAAGAACCACUGUAAGGAAAUCUCUCACUCUCUCACCGUCAACGACGUUUAAAAUUAGGCAUGGGGAACUGUUUAUUCGGAGGGUUAGGCAACAUGGAAGAGUACUUACCUACCAAAGUCACAAAACCGGACAGUGGAGUUCUAGAGUUCUUCUCCCCCAUCGCAGCAGGCUCCAACGAGUUGAAGACUUCUGUCGGAAACUGUCAUGUGAGAUCCAACAGCGAGUCCUUGCCAGUGAUAACUCCGUAUGGAAAGUCUCUGGAUUACAACCGCAGGGUGUUGAAGAGAUCGUACACAAACGUCUUUUCAAAAAAUACCCGACAUAAGGAGAAGAAGAAGACGAGGAAGCGUAUGAGAAACAAAGGUGAUAUAUGGAAAGUGAAGCUGGUCAUAAACACGGAAGAGCUGUUGCAGAUAUUGUCCGAAGAGGGAAGAACAAACGAGCUGAUAGAGAGUGUAAGAGCCGUCGCCAAGUGUAAAAACGUUGUCGCGUCCGAGAUGAACUUGUCGGUGGUACAGGUCUAAAUUUUUAUUUUUAUGGUAGAUCUUCAUCUACAUUAUUUAGAUGUUGUGGUUUAUGAGUUUACUUGGCAACUUGCCAUUAACCCCAAAAAUCUUUUGCGUGUGUUAUUUGAUUCUAGUCUAUGACCAGUCAAUUUUAAUAUAUAAAGUUGUAUGUGUUUAAUGUGAGUUUGGUAUGUAAGAUGAUUACAGUUUACUAAAUUUAUACAUAUACAUAUACCUAUUA